AUUUGAAUUUAUUUAUUUUUUUGCCCCGUUUUGAGAAAUGUCUAUUUUGACUGUCUCUGUGCGCUGGCUUCUGGUUGGAUACUGUGGACUAACUUUGCUUCAUCUUACAGAUGCUACUACCAAAUCCCUCCAGAUUACCCAGAAGCCCCGGUUUUACGGCUUAACAACUGGAAGGAAAGUGGGCAUUUACUGCCUGUCAUCCAAACAGCACCUGCCCUCCACUGCGAGUUGGUACAAAGCUUCUGAGUUCAACUCAAAGAAGCUCCCGAUCCAACCUGGAGAUAAAAUUAAAGUCUGGAACAGAAACCUGACAAAAAAUGGCAUCCUCGUCCUCCUAGAUCUACGACUUGAAGACCAGGGAGUCUACUUCUGUAAGAUCGACAAGGUGUUUGGACCAGGAACAGAAGUGCAAGUGACCAAACCCGUGAAUAUUGUCAAAGUCUUAUAUCGAAGCGAGAUGAAGGAUGGACUCAUCAUUUUACAAGGUCUGCUGUUGGCUAUGUUCAUCGCUGCCUUUGUGUUUCGGAAAAAGACACUGACUGUCAAGAAAGAGUCCAUCUAUGAAGAGCCAGAAGUGGACCAUAUUUAUGAGGGUUUGGCAAUUGAGACGUGUGAAGGAGACUUGUACGAGGAGAUCUCUGUUUACGCCCAGCCCGAGGGAGCAGAGGCCCCAUGGGAGUAAAACAUAAAAACAACUCCAGUUUUACUCUUGAGUGAUGAACUGAGAAAAAAGACCAGUGACUGAAUAGGUGCAGAUACAGCAAAAGAGUUUAUUAGGGCAUUGUCCAUUCAGCCUCCCGUUCAUUUUACAUGUACAGUGAUUUA